ACAAACAUGGCGGCUGCCUUAAGUCACUAACAUUUCUGUCUCAAUGUUGACUUUGAAAUCUUACUGUUGUGACACACCAUUACAUUAAACGACCGAUAAUCCGCUCUUAUUACCACAUUUCAACGCCGACAUGUUCCAGGUACUCAGCGGGCGGAGCGUCCAGGCAGCCCGGCUCCUCUCACCCAGGAGCGCCGUGCUCGUGGAGGCUGUCCGGGGCAGGAAGUCCCGCACCGACCCGGUGGCUAAGUCCAAAGAGGGGCGAAUUAAAACGCCUCCACCUGUGGACCCGGUGGAGAUGGUGGUCCUCAAGGAGAGAUUUUCGGAGUACCAACUGAUCAUGAAGGCGUUACGGCUGGAGUUUAAGGAGGAGGUGCUCAGGAGGAAAUACGAAGCAGAGACAGGCUCCUAUGCAGAAGAGAGGAUGAGGCGUGAGACUGAGGAGCAUCGCGCCCUCAUGGCCUUCAACGAACAGGAGAACCAGCGCUUACUUAAACUCAGGUUACUGAGGUUCCAGAAGGAGAAGGAGGAAGCUGAGCAAAAGCAAAUCGAAGCUGCUAUGAAACGAGAACAAGAACAGCAAGAACUUAUCAAACAAAGAGAGAUGGAGAUUUUACAACUACAGGAGGAGGCUAAGAACUUCAUCACCUUGGAGAAUUUGGAUCAGCGAAUAGAAGAAGCUUUGGACAAUCCGAAGAAUUAUAACUUUGCCAUCGACAAACAAGGCAGAGUUGUUAAACAGACGAUGCUGAAGUGAAACAAAGGACCUAACUGUAUACGUCUGUCUCUGAGGAGUGAAAUAAAACUCAGACAAGGAUCAUUUGUAGUCUGGACUGUGAGUUCAGACUGAGCUGGCCUGGACAAGAGGACUCUGUUGUCUGUUAAAGAAGCAACAAUGAUGGGGCUUUCUAUCAGCAGCUUUUGUUUGUCCGGUUUCUGCUUCUAAUGAUGUCACUAUAGCAUGUUAUUUUUCACUAUUGUUUUCUCAAAUGUGCAGUAAAUCAAUGAUGCAUUUGUGUUCCUGUAAAAUGAGUCUGAACCUUAUAAAAGUAGGUAUUGACUAGAAUUGGACUUGGUUGCUUAUUCCUCAGAGACGGCACUUUGACAGCCUCUACAAAUGAAAACAUUUGACCUGAAACUCAUUUGAUAGGCUAUAAUUUCUUUUUAGAGCAUUGUGCUGAACCACAAGAGCCUAAAAUUUAAACUGUUGAUACUGAAUGUUGAUUAUUUAGGGGAGGAAUACUCUGACAACUAAAGGAUAGGGACUAUGUCUCUAACGUGCUUCAAAUUUUGACAUAAAAUCAGACUUCGAUCAGAUAAAGUACCUUUAAACUUUCAGAUUCUAUCCAG